UGGAAAAAAGGCAAUAACUCUACAGUGAGCAAAUUCUUCCUCUCUGGUUUAACAGACCAACCAGAGCUGCAACUGCCACUUUUCCUCCUAUUUCUUGGAAUCUACCUGCUCACAGUGCUGGGGAACCUGGGCAUGAUCAUCCUGAUCCUGCUCAGCUCGCACCUGCACACCCCCAUGUACUUCUUCCUCAGCAGUCUGUCCUUCAUUGACCUCUGCCAAUCUACUGUCAUUACCCCAAAAAUGCUGGUGAAUUUUGUGAUGGAGAAGAAUGAAAUUUCCUACCCUGAGUGCAUAACUCAACUUUGCUUCUUUGUCAUUUUUGUUGUUUCAGAAUGUUUCAUGCUGGCUGCAAUGGCAUAUGAUCGCUAUGUUGCCAUCUGUAGCCCCCUGCUUUACAGUAGCAUCAUGUCUCAACAUAAGUGCCUUUCUCUUGUUUUAGUAGUUUACAUUAUAGGUAUAAUUUGUGCAUCAGCUCAUGUAGGGUGUAUAUUUAGAGUUGAUUUCUGCAGAUUUGAUGUCAUUAACCAUUGUUUCUGUGAUCUUAUUUCUAUCCUUAAGCUCUCAUGCUCUAAUAUUUUUGUGAAUGAGCUCUUAAUUCUAAUUUUUAGUCUAAUUAAUACCAUUUUCCCAACCCUGACCAUCCUCAUUUCUUAUACUUUCAUCAUUAUCAGCAUCCUGCGCAUUAAAUCUACUGAGGGAAGAUCUAAAGCCUUCAGUACCUGCAGCUCCCUCAUCUCAGCUGUUGCUGUCUUUUUCGGUUCUGCUGCAUUUAUGUAUCUGAAACCAUCAUCUUCAAGCUCCAUAGAUGAAGGAAAAAUAUGUUCCAUAUUCUACACCAUCUUUGUGCCUAUGCUCAACCCCCUAAUCUACAGUCUGAGGAACAAGGAUGUCAAUAUUGCUGUGAAGAAAAUUAUAGAAAGAAGAUCAUUUUUCUGA